AUGCUCGCGCUGCCGCCGCCAGAUCGGCUCGCCAGUGUCGGCCCGGCGCUUCAGGAUUAUCGCUUUGUAAGGCAGGACACCGAGCUGUGGAAGGCACUCCAUCAUGGCGUCGUUACAUCGAGCGGCAUUGCGACCAUGGCUGGCUUGAGGGAACGGCAAGCAGUUGGGCUUCUCGGCUUGGCAAAGCACUAUGUCAAGCACGACGCCAUCCGCGAAAUUGUACAAUCGUUGCGCGAGGCCCGAUUGCAUGACAGCGACCUUCAUCAUCAACAGGAAGAUGCCAUUGCCGUGGCAUUGCGAGCGAUGCACUUGUCUGGCUCGCCAAAGAACCCGCAAGCCAGUCCGACCAACGACCACGUGCUCACAGCAUACAAUUCGCCAUCAACCAAGGAACUGGGCUCCAAAAUCCAUGUCGGAGAAUCGCUGCCACACAGGCCAGUGGCGUCGGCCUUAAGCGAGUUUCCCGACGCCACUGCCGCCCGCCUCCGCUGGGGCUCUGCACAAGAGCCCAGCAGCGUUCUUUCCCUGCUGGACAUUUUCCCAGCCCCGAACUAUCGUGUGGCCGAGUGCGGCAUGUUUUUGCUCGACUGGGAUGCAGAAGGCGUGACGAGCAGAAUGAACCAGCUGGGCUUUACAAGAGACAUGCUCCCGCCCCUUGGCGCGUCGCCAGACGGUCUGCUCUUUCACCGGCCUGUCACAGAGCAUCAUGCCAACAAUGCGGAUUGUGUCGUGGAUCCAGAUACCGCCAAGUACGUGCCGUUUGACGUCUCUCUCGCCACCAUGUCUCCGAGAGCGGAGAUUCUCGAAAUCAAAAACACCUGCCCAUUCGUCGAGGCCAAGGGCCAAGGGAAGCAUAAAUUCCGGUGGUUGGCCAUGCAGCCACAAGAGCAGAUUGCCUCAAUGAACAUUCCCCAGCUGCAACUGCAAAUGUUUGUGGCCAAUGUGCAGUCCGCCCUGUACAUCUCCGUCUCUGCGACACGAGGGCUCAACAUAUUCCGGGUUAUGCGCGAUGAUGAAUACGUGCGACUUUUGCUGCGGUUGGUGCACUUCACCUACAAGCAUUGCGUUGUCGACGGGAAUGAGCCGGUUGAGGAUUUGCACGCAGGUCGUCCAGAGCUUCGGCAGCUUGUUCAGCGCACACUCGCAAUAUCUCGCAGCACUCCAAUUCUUGAGCAUGUUUCAGGGUCGCAUGUGCAGCGCAUUCCCGACAACUCGGCCACAUUCUUGUCCUGA